CCUUCUGAUUUUGUUAGUUUCUGAGCAAAAUUGGUUGCUGAACCCAUUAUAUAUCUAUCAACCUUGGCUGAGUGUUAAGUACUGGGUGUUUUCUAGGAUACAGAUGCUUUCACAAAGUUAAUAGCUCUGAUUCUCCAGGCAAGCAUUCAUCUUCUUUUGAUUGACAUUCGUCUUGCAUUGCGUCGAAUGCAGAAUACAACCUAUGGUGUAAAAUGCUGGCCUAUUUCAUGCGCCAACCGUGUAGGUGGAUGCAUGUAUUUGCUGCCUAGACAAGAUUGCGCGCGCUGUGUUCUCCCAGAUUAGUUCUAGUUCAUUGUUGAGUAUAGUCUUUAAAUUCUAUGGGCAUGGCGCACUUGGAUGCAUAAUUAAUGAACUAUUUCAUUUUAUUAAAUUUCUUGGUUCCUGCUCUAAACCAUAUGUAUUUAUUGCAUCUGCUGAUAUUGAGAUCCAUCUGCUAUAAUAUAUAGUUUACUUGGGUUCUUAGUUAUUUGUGUAAUUCAUGAAUGAUUGUUAAUGGUGCCACCAACUCUUUUCUUUGUUACCUUAUUCUCAGCAAAAAAAUCCUACCAACUGUUUGUUUGUUAGCGCAUUCUCAGAAAAAUAUCCUCUUAGUUUCUGAGCAAAAUUGUUUGCUGAACUGAAACAAAUAUGAGCAGAUUGCUUCCACAAAGUUAAUUAGUCAAGUACUAGUUGGUUCAUCUGCUAUAAUGUAUAGUUUACUUGAGUUCUUAGUUGCUGGCGUGGUUCGUGAAUGCUUGCUAAUGGUGCCACGACUGUUUUGUCCGUUACUGUAUUAUGAGCAGAUAUUGCAGCUGAUUGUUUGAGCUCUGGUGAUCUUCUUACUGAAUGGCAUGCAAUUUCACCUGACUUGUUUUGAAGAUCUCUCGUCAUUGGUGUCCACAAUGUCGCGGACAACUUGCAGCUGCCCCCCAAAGAAGUGUUUCCAAGGCACUUGUGACUGUUUAAUAGGGAUUGAGUUAUGCUAUUCGGGAUGCAACUGCAGUGGUGACUGCCAGAACGGCUUAUCUCUUGGAACAAUCAACCCGGCUGCUGCCCAAGGUACCACCCCAACGCUUGCCUCUGGCUCUUCUGCUGCCCAAGAUACUGCUCAAACGCAACCGCUUGCCCCGAGCUCUUCUACUGCCCAAGGUAUCGCUCAACCACAUCCACUUGCCCCGAGCUCUUCUACUGCGGCCGUGCCAAAGCCAGAGGCAGUUGGUGGGCGGGUGAAGUGCAACUGCAACUUUACCAAAUGCCUAAACUGCCAAUGCACAUGUUUCAGGGAGGGUUUGAGUUGCAUUAUGGGACGCUGCAAGUGCUAUGACUGCGAGAACAACGAUGAUUGGCUGGCCGACGAGGAUUACGUGGAGUGCGCGUGCAAAACCAAAAACUGCAAAACCGGAGCCUGCGGUUGCAACAAGAAACUGAAAGGGUGUAACCCAAAUUGCACGUGCAUCGGGUGUGAGAAUGGCUACGGGAUGAAAGGGGCUGAUAAGUCCAAUGCUGGACCGGGAGGUACGGGUGGCACAAGUGACGCCGGAGGCUCAGGUUCCAACAAGCAAAUAAGAAUCGGGUGAUGACAGUAGGCUUGAGACAUACCAGAGCAUGAUGCAAGUCACCUUACUUUCUUACCAUCCUCAAGUCACCUCCUGUUGAGAUAUCUCCCACUGUAAAGCACAGCCAGGUUCCUGUAGAUUCCUUGUAAUGGAUGGUUACUCGAAGCAAGCACGGCGAAAACUCCAUGUUCCUCAGCCCUCAGGGGGCUCCAGUGGACCUAGAUUGAUCAGGCUGAUACACUUUAGAACAUAUAUAUACUUCUGAGUCGCAUAAGAAUAGUUGCCGUCAUCGGUUAUGCUGCCCGGAAAUGGGUGCUUCAGUUCGUUCUUAUACAUGCACAGUCUUGCAAAGGAUUUCUCUUAUACUUGAAGAGGAUUCUGGUAGUAUGAAUAUGGUUUGCAACUUUGCA